GUUUGUAAUCCAUGUGAAGAGGAGGAUGCCUACUAUAUGAUUCAAAUUCUCAGGGAAUCCCCCCUCCCCGCAUCUCCCGUAGUUUGGUGCUUACCUGGCUACACUUCUAAUCCGUCGCCCGGUAUCUAGUUUUGCUCUACCAAGCAAGCAUCAUGAAUGACACUGCCCUUUACAUCUCAAACGGCACAUGCUUCUUUGGUCCAGGCCAAGUUGCUGACUCGAACUACAUUCCCUGUGGCAAUGCUGCGCUUAUGGGUCCCCAGUCUUGCUGCUAUGCUGGGGAUUACUGUCUGUCAAGCACGGCGUGUUGGAAUAAAGAAUACGUGGUGACAUACGUCGCUGGAUGCACAGACACAACUUUCAGUUCCGCCGAAUGUACCAACAAAUUCGAUUAUCCGAAUCAACAAUACGUCGCGAUGGCGCGGUGUGAAGGUGCUGAUAUAGACAUAUGGUCGGGAUGUUAUAACCACACGAGCUGGAUCAAGAUACAGAAAGAACCGGAUUGCAAGUGCAAUGCUUCGAGGCCAUUGAUCCGGAACUCGAAUGGGAAAUCUACGCUCGAUGAAGUUGGAAUCCUACCGACCGCUGCCGGAGGAACUAUUUCGUAUAACCCUACUGCAAUUCCUACGUUGGGUUCGACUACUAGUAGUUCGUAUUCAUCUCCUCAAAUAUCUCCGACGUCGACGACAUCACCUGCUCCUGUUGCAGAUACUUCGCAUGGACUCUCGUCGGGCGCAAAGGUAGGUGUUGGCGUCGGUGUAGGUAUUGGUGUUCCCCUAAUCGCUGCCCUCAUCUUCCUCGCCUUCAUUCUCCGCCGCAGGAAAGGGGGGGAGACGACAGCAGCUGCCGCUUCGGCUCCUCCGCCGCCUCCGGACAACACCUCGCCUCAAGAUGGGCAAGCAGACGCCGCCGCUGUCGCAAUGAGAGAAAAGGCAUCUAGUCCUGACAAGGAAAUAGCCACCACUCCCGAACCGCCAAGCCCGGGCUGGUAUGGGUAUAAGCCUGAGCUAGCCGCCAAUUCAACCUUCAAGUCCGAGCUUUCAGGUGAUGAACCCCGAAGUGCGAUAAGCUCAAGUUGGAACUCGGAAACCCUCGGCGGCCAUCAGAUAUCAGAAUUGUCGAGUCAUGAUGCGGUGACAAGUGCAGUUGGGCGGAAUUCCAUGGAGUAAUAGGGGCAAAACUCUCGUUAGGAAUCUUUCUAGGUUAUAUCACAAUGUGAAUGAGUAAAAGCUUGGUGUAAAUAGCUACCUAAGUCUCUAGACGAAUAUCCA